UUUAUAACAAUAGCAAACCCCUCCCGCUCUCUUUCCAACUCGUCAAACUCCAGUCAACUUCUCUAGCAAAUAAAAAAACCAGCACGUCCACGGCAUCAAAACCUCCCUAAAAUGCCUCUUCCACUGCCCCCAACCCGCCCGGUGCCCCCGCCUGCAAGUCCGUCGUCUUCUGUGGAAAUCCGCCCCAUGAUAUGGUCAGAUGCGAAGCGUACGGCAGAGCUCGCGCAAGUCGCGUAUUGGGACGCGCCGCUUUCAGAUUUGAUUACGCCGCACCGAGUGCCAUACCCAGCGGAUAAUGCGCUGUGGUUUGAAAGACGGAUCAAGAACCGCAUGGUGAGCCCCCGGAAUAGGGGGUUUGUUGCCGUAGGAGAUGGCGAGACAGUCGGGUAUAUGCAAUGUGUUCGGCUCGGGGAUGAUGAGGGGGCGUUGCAGGUGGCGAAGGAGAAGAAGAAGUGGUGGUCGGGGUUAGUGGAGUGGGGAUAUGGCAUUUAUAUGAAGUGUGCGGCAUGGGCGUUUCCGGAUCGGAGUGAGAGCGCUGAAGGGAUGGCGGAAUUUAUUAAGACCGGGGUGUUGGAGAACGAGAAGCACUGGAAGGACAGAGAGGAUAGGAAGAACCGGUGGUAUGUGCAGAGUGUUGUUGUGGCGGAGCAAUGGCGAGGAAGGGGCGUGGGGAAGAAGCUGAUGGCGUGGGUACUGGAACAGGCGCAGAAAGAGGGCGUGGUAGUUUCACUGGAGGCGAGCAUGAUGGGGGAGCGUCUCUAUCGCAGUAUUGGGUUUGACCUGCUGGACAGGUUUAUUAUGAAGAUUGAUGAGAACGACGAAAGCGAGGGUGGUAUCAUGAUGUGGAGCCCAAAAUGAGGUGAGAUGCUGAGUUGGAGUAGUUGUUAGAGGACCUGUUGGAGAGAACAAGUAGAGACUGUUUGACUCGAAUUGUUUCCUUGUUUGUAAAUGGGAUAACUUCUUGUGGUUUUUAUGGGGCCUGGGAUUGCUCAUGUUUCACUCUGGGUAUUGAUUUCAAUAUCAGCAACGAACAAGUCAACAACUUAAGCAAGA